CCUGGCAACUCCGCCACCCCACUCACCUUAAACCGCGAGCGCGCAUGCGUCGCGCCAUUGCUGUGAAAUUUGAAUUAAAAAAAAAGAAACUCAAUAAAACGUCUUCAAAAAGUUAGAAAAAUAACUUUAAAGUUAAAAUAUAUUAGUUUUCUGUGAUAAUAAAUUAGUGUUUGUUUGUUAAAAAUGAAAGUUUUAAGUUUAUUCUUUGUUACGGCUGUCGUGUCGGUUUGCGGACAAACCUUGGGAGGACCAAAACACGACAAAAAGGUGGUAUGCUACAUAGCGACAUGGGCGGUCUACCGGCCAGACCCUGGCAAGUUCAGCUUAGAAGACCUGGAGCCAUCUCUCUGCACCCAUCUGGUCUACUCCUUCGCUGGGUUGAACGAGACCACCAAUACUAUUAAGAGCCUUGAUCCCUGGCAAGACUUGGAGACGGACUAUGGCAAAGCUGGCUACAAACGGCUGGUGGGGUUGAAACAGAAGUACCCUCACUUGAAGGUGACCCUCGCCAUUGGGGGUUGGAACGAGGGGUCCCCUCGGUACUCCAAUAUGGCUAGCAAGCCGGAGACUAGGGCUGCUUUUAUUAAAAGCGUGCUUUUGAUGUUGAAUAACUACAAGUUUGAUGGUCUGGAUUUGGAUUGGGAGUACCCCACAAAGAGGGAUGGGAAACCUUAUGACAGAGAAAACUUUGUGCUUCUUGUCAAGGAACUAAGCGAGGCCUUCGAGCCCUACGGCUAUAUCCUCACAGCAGCGUUAGGAGCCGGCAAGACGACAAUGGAGACAGCCUACGAUCUGGCUAAGUUGAGCCGCUACCUAGACCUCAUACAUAUGAUGUGUUACGACUACCAUGGCACUUGGGACCGGGUGUUAGGUGCUAAUGCUCCUAUGAAGGGGAUUGGUGAAAAUGAUACUCUUAGUGUGGAAUGGACAGUAGAAUACCUACUCUCGCACGGCGUGAGUCCUUACAAGAUGGUGCUAGGCUUACCCAUGUACGGGAGGACGUUCCUCCUUACAGACCCUGGGACCAGGGUGUUGGAGUACGGGAAGACGCCAGUCAGGGAGAACGGGUUCAAAGGUCCUUAUACUGGUGAAGCUGGGUUCAUGGGGUAUAAUGAGAUUUGCGUACAAACGACAAACAAAUCCUCUCCCUGGGUAUACCACUGGCAUGAGCAGACAUCUACGCCGUACAUUAGAGACGGGGAGAAAGUCAUCGCUUUUGACAACGGACGAUCUAUUGCUAUUAAAGUACAAAUGGCGAUCGACAAAGGUCUCGGCGGCGUGAUGGUAUGGUCCAUAGACACAGAUGACUUCAAAGGCAAUUGUAACGAGACAGACGCGUACAUCGACUUCGUGGAGAGACACAAGCGUAUGGUCUAUGACCCUGUCGUCAAGAAGGCUGUUGAGAACUUGCAUAUACCUGAUGUAACCCUCGUCGGCUCCAAAGGUCCAGCCUACGUAAUUCAAGACGACAAAUUGCAUCUUCGUCUUCCCCAGCCAAAAUACACUAAUUAUGCACUGAUGCAAACCAUUAACGAUGCAAUUACUCUAGCCGUCGAAGAAAAACGCAUUAUGGACGAAGUAAAACGCCUCGAAGAACAUAAUGUAGUGAAAACUGAUGACGACAAAGGUGCCAGUAGUUUUUUGCAAAGCAGUGUAGUUUGUGUAGUUUUGUCUGUAGCUUUUGUGUUGAAUUUGUAGUUUUUUUAGUUCCUAUGUGGCACGGAGUAGGGAGGUAAUGGAGUGUUGAGAAAAUGGUUGGUGAUUUCUUACAUUGUCAAAAAUCAAAAAUAUUUGUGUUUUACUUUUUUUAAUAUUUUGAAACAAUGAGCGAAUUUAACAUUUCAGGUUACGACUUAUGUAAAACAGAUGAUUUUUAUAUUUUUAAACUAUUGAUAAACUGUUUAUUGAAGUAUUUAUUUAAGAAAUGGCAAUAUGAAAACAAUUGUAAAACAAGUUUUUUGCGGUACGAAAUAAGAAAAAGAGAUAACAGAUUUUAAUAAAGGAAUUUAAAAUGGUUUUGUGAUGCGUGACUUUUUUAGUUCGAUACUCCGUGUUAAGAAUGUAGAUGGUCUCAAAAAAUAACAUUAUAUAUAAUGCUCAUUUUACUACUAAAUACUCAAACGCUACUUAACUUUAAGGCCUAUUUAAAAUUAUUUCUGUCGCAGAAAUAAACUUAAGUUUGACAGAGAUAGAAUAAUGUUUAGGCAGCCCUUAAAAUUGAGUAGCGUUUCAGUAUUUGGCCGUUAAGGUUUAAACAGAUUAAUAACACAAAUUGUGUAUUGUAUUAUUAUACAUGGAUGGAUAUAACUGUGUAUAACGUUUAAAAGUAAGUUAUUAACUAAGUGGACUUAUAUCUUGAUGAACUUUUAGCAUUUUUUUAUUAAUUUCAAAGGGAAAAAAAUAACUUGGAUGGUUGGAUUGUAAAAUUUUGGAACACUGCCACGAUUUUUUGUACUUAAAUAGGUAUUAAUUAAAACAUUUCAUGUAAAUAUAACAAUAAGACAUAUUUUUAAACGUAAUUUUAAUUAUAAGUACUUGAUAUUUUUUUAUACUGUGUGAUUUUUUUAUAUUAUUAGUCUUUGAAGAAAAUAAAAUUUACUUUUUUUUAAAUCGGUUAGCGACAUCCUAUAUCAAAGAUUUCAUGUAUUAAAUACUCAUUUUAUUUUUAUAUUUUGUGUUUUGUACGUUUAUAAAAUAAAAUUAUGUUAUGACAG